CGCGCCGUCGCACAAAACGGCGGCGCCUCCCACUCUUAUGCGUCGACUCCUCCGGGGCCCGCGCCCGCAUCUGUCACGGGGCCCUGUCGCCGCCGAUAACGAUUGACCUCGUCCGUGGUUGCUUUUGCGGGCAUUUCCGCUUCCGCGACCCCUUCCACACCGCUCGCGCCCGCGUCCACGUCUCUCGCGCCGCCUCGCUGCUCCCGCUCCCCACCCCUCAAGCCCUCGCCCUCGCCAUGAAGUCCGUUCUCGUCGUCGGCGCCGGCCCGGCCGGCCUCGUGGCCGCGAAGACUCUCCUGCACUCGUUUCCCCCGGACACCUUUUGCGUCAAGGUCCUCGACCGCAACGCCCGCGUCGGCGGCAUGUGGGCCGUCGAGAGGGGCGAGCACGGCGGCAGGGUCAGCCCCGACAUGCGCGUUAACGGUUCGCGCUUCACCGUCCACUUCUCCGACUUCUCGUACGAAUCGGCCGGCGUCGGCGAAGACCCGCUGCCCAUGUUCCCGCGCGCGUGGCAGGUCGGCCGCUACCUGCGAGCCUACGCCGACAAGUACAUUCCCGCCGACGCGUUCCAGCUCGAGGCCCGCGUCACUAGCGCCGAGCGCGUCAACUACCGCGGCCGCGACGUGUGGAAGGUUGAGUGGAAUGGCCCUCCGGAGCCUGGCUACCCUCCGCCGAAGAAAACAAAGUUUCCCAAAUCCAAACAACCCACCGCCGAGGAAAUCGUAUAUUUGCUGAAAUCGUCCGGCACUACCUACCAGGGUUUUUUCGAUUUUCUCAUCGUCGCCACCGGUUUCUUUCAUGCGCCACGCCCGUUGCGUCUAAAACCGCAGAACGGGAGCCCUCCGUUUCGCGCCAAACAGCAACAUAGCUCGCAAUUUCGGAGUGUAGAUGACCUGCUGGGUGACCGUUACAAAGACAAAAAUGGCACGAUAGUGGUGGUGGGUGGCGGCAUGUCGGGAGUCGAGGCGGCGUCAACGGCAGCUCUUCAGAUAUCGGAUGAUCAGCACUCUCCUUCCGCCCCUUCCGUGACCAAGAUCCGCAAAGUUUAUCAUGUCACGUUGCGACCAUUUUACGUCCUUCCGCGCUACGUCCCUCCGCAACCACCGGAUCAGAACACGUUCGAUCCUGCUCCGUUCUUCGCUCCGCUAGACUUAAGGAUGUAUGACCUGAGCCGCUGGCCUGAAGGCCCUAUAUUCCCAAUGAACGGACGAGUCCCGCCGGGACGUGCCGCGCUAGGUCAUCAAUACCUUCAAUCCGUGCUGGGUGAUAAUCAAGAUGACUUGGGUUCUUCGGCGCUGACGCAGUCGGGUAGGGAGAUGGAGAAGCCCGCCUUUGUCGGUAUCAGCGACAACUAUGUUGAGUUUGUUCGCCAAGGAAUCAUAGUUCCGAUUCGCGGGAGAGCGACCGCCCUGGAAACAGAUGCACUCUCAGGCUGCUCCGUGAACGUGGUGUCUGGAACAAAGACGACGAGGAUAAUGAAUGUCCUUGGAGUAAUCCACGGCACGGGGUUUACGCCUCGCGAUUCCGUGAAAUGGCUGGCCAAGGACGUUCGCCAGGCCAUGGAGUGCGAAGAAACAUGCCAUAGAAUGCCUCUCCUGUUGAAUCGCCAUUGCAUAUGUCAUGACAACUACCCGUCGCUAGGUUUUGUGGGCUUCUACGAAGGACCAUGGUGGGGGGUGAUGGAGAUGCAAGCUCGCCUCAUUGCCCAAAGAUGGAGCGCCAUGGAUGACGAUCGUCGCGUAGGUCCAGGUCCCUCAUCUCAUAAAGCUGAUCCAUUCAGAGCGGACUCCCGCUCGAGGUCCGAGUUAGAGAUUGCUGAGAUGCGAGAGCUAAGGAAUGCCAUGAUGCAGAAGCUUGACGACGUGCCGCAGUUCUGGAUGGGCGACUACGUCGGUUUGAUGGAGGGUUUCGCCCGCGAACUGGGCAUCCAGCGCAGUGAUGAGGGCUUCAUGGGCGAACACUGCGGCCCCUGCACGCCUGGACGCUACCCCGACCUCGCUGCGAAUGAGAAGGAAGUCCAGAGAAACAUGAGCGACCUACACAGCACGCUCGAUGCCCUUACUAACGGCACGAUGUUUGUCGCACCCGCAGCAUUUCGUGCCUUGCAGGGUGAGUGGGAGCUGCAACGCACUCUGAAAAGCAAGCUGCCGAAGCUACCGACUAGUACGUUAAGAGGGACGGCGCAUUUCCAUGCCCGCUUCCCGACGCAUCCAGAUUUUGAAGGGGAGUACCUUUAUGUAGAGAGUUUGGAUCUCGAAGUCGAAGAUGGCGCUGGAGGACAAACGCGGCUGCCGGCCUCUCGGAGCUACAUUUAUCGCUACUCUCUACCGCUGGACCGAUUGUCAGUGUGGUUUGUGAAGGCCGACGGGAAGAGCGCUGAUCGUCUUUUCUACGAGAUGAAGUUUGCGUCACGAACUGAUGAGAUGGAAGAACGCGGCUAUGGAUGGAUUGCGAACGGACGCCACGAGUGCGACGAGAACGAAUAUGAGGCGAGGUGCGAAUUUCGGUUCAAGGGCGUCGGUCUCGAGACGUUCGGGGUAAGGUACGACGUGCGUGGGCUGCAGAGGACAUACUCCAGCGAGAAUCAGUACGUGAGAAUGUGAAUUUGUAGCAUGUAUGCGCUUUAAAAUCGUCUUAUGUCCAAGGCUUAUUUAUGUAGCUAAACAAGGAACAAUCCAUAGGAAUGCAUGUUUCCCCUCCCC